GACGUCACCACUUCCACAACAACAAGAAGCUGAAAAACAAGGAAGUGAAUGAUUGUGAAGCCGUAACCUGUUAUAAGGCCGUGACAAGAUACGCAGAGCUCCGUUUAAUCUGAUAUUCCUCAGCCUCCGGAUCAGCCCAGAACAAUGAACAACAAAGGUUCAUAUCCACAGCAGGCUGUGUACCCUCAGCAGAGCUCUGCACCUGUAUACCCUCCUGCUAUGCAAAUGUCUCCUCAGGCACCUCCUUACACAGACACACCACCUGCAUAUUCUGAGAUAUACCAGCCCAGAUAUGUGCUUCCACAUCAGGUGCCCAGUCAGGUGGCACAGAUGUCCUCUCACUACCCUGGUGCUCAGAUGUUCAUGCCCAUGCAGCCACACAUGACUGUUGGGCAAAUGGGCCAGAAUGUCCCCAUGGCUUACUACCCCAUGGGACCUGUUUACCCCCCUGGUUCAACAGUGAUGGUGGAUGGUGGCUUUGAUGCUGGUGCGCGCUUCUCAGGAGGCACCGGUGUUUCAAUUCCACCCCCACCUCCUGGACAUCCCCCCAAUGCAGCUCAGCUGGCUGCCAUGCAGGGUGCCAAUGUUGUAAUGGCACAGCGCAAGAAUAACUUCUUCCUGGGUGGAUCCGGCGGAGGUUAUACCAUCUGGUAACAGCAACUUUUCAACUCCUCCUUCAUGCCUAAACCGUGCCCCCGUCCCAAACGAUGCCCCAGUUCUUCCCCCAUCCCAUACGCCUCCCUCUUCAGGCUGCUUGGCCAUGCCACAAUACUGAUAUCACCUAACGGAAUGUAAUAUUUUAGAGCCCUUGUGAAAGGUACAGUACUCCACUUCUGACCUAGAGAUCAAACGAUGAAUGCCACUGCCUGGAGAGGACAAAUGCAAAUUUUUAACGUCGUAGAAUUCAUUCCAUAAUUCUCCAUUGGGUCUAACCGCUUUGGUCAUUCCAGGUGGACCUCUUUCAGGCAUCUGUAUUUGUUCAAGAGACCUGGUCUCCUUUGAUCGAAACGGUUCACAAAUUACAUCGAGAUGUUCUUGUAUACCUGUAAAAGCUAUGUAAAUGAAAUAUUGAACUAUCAGACCCGCAUUAUAUAGUUUAGCUGCUUUAUGGUGAAAGUGAAAUGCAGUUACAAAGUUGCAGUUAAAGCGCAAAAAAAAUAAAUUUCCAUUUGUCUUUUUUUGAAAACUUUUAGUGUAGUUAAAUUAAUAUAUGUGUAAUAGUUCCAUGUAAAUAUGAUGAUCAUGAGAAAUGACGUCUCAAGUAUACAACAAAAAAAAAGAAUAAGCAUCUCAGAUGCAUUUAGCUAGAAUCGUCUUGUCUUUUGCACAGUAUCCAAACUAUCAAAUUUGUCGCACAGUCUAUCUGACAGAUUGUCACAUUUAAAUCUCUUGUAAAUUAAAGAAAUUAAACUGAAGCAAAUAAUUAAAGAAAAGAUUUCAUGCAAUAUCCAAAGUGGUUUACUGUACCUUGUUGGGCAAUUUGUAGAUGAACAUAGUCAAGUGCCAAAGAGCACUGGGGAUAGCCCUAAUUUAAAGCAAAUUAACUUCAGUAAACUUAAAGGAAAGAAAUUUAAAAUAAAUCCAAAUAGUAAGUUGAACGGGAAGGGGUGGUUGGUGUAACAUUUUAGCUUUUUUUUUUUUUUUUUUUUUUGUCUCCUGUUUUUGUUUCACAGUCGGAUACCCAGAGUUUUUACACUAAAUGUUUUAUUGUACAGCCUUUAAGAACUACCCUCCACUGUUUCUCUUUUCACACAGUAUCAUUUGGUAUCGUCAAACCAGUUUUUAAAGUAUUUAUUCACCGUAGAAAAACGUCAUCUUUGUGAUAGCAUUAGUCGAUGUUUUAAAAAGGUUGAGGAGACUUUAAUAUUUCAGUGUUUCUUUUUCUUCCUUCAUGACUUUCAUUCCACAUUUACAUGAGUAGUUAGGCUAAUAAUACAUUUGUUAGUAUAACCAAUGAGCUGGUUGUACCAAAGAUUUGGUCUACAAUGCACUUAUGUUUGGUUGUGACUUGAAAUUUGAAACGUCACAAUUUAAAAGCAAACAUAUCAUCGAGCGAGCAGGUUUGAGACUGUCGGUACUUUACCUUCAGUCUGACAUGACUGCAAUUGUUAGUUAACGUGUCGGUGUCACUUUACGUGGGUUAAUCGCAUCUUUAAGUCGUUGCAUGCUUUUGCACCUUUGCUAUGUAAAAAAAAAAAAAAAAAUGUGAUUAAAUACUUUUUAUCUGAGAUGCACUGCAAAGCAAAUCUGAGAGGUUGCAGACAAGGGGCUACUCUCCUGUUUUUUCUUUUUUAAAUUCUGUUUUCAUGACUUUUUAAAGACAGUGUGGGGUUUUUGAGCAUUUUUAGAUCCAUCUAGUCCAUUUGACAGUCGAGAUGUGUCGUGUUUAGUAGCCUGAAAGUGUAUGCAAACCUUUGUAAUGAGGCUAUAUCACUGUCAGCAUAAUUGUUCAUUUUCAAGACAUUUUUGUGCUGCUAAUUAAACUUUAGAAUCUUUACAUAAUGUGUUAUCUUGAAACUUAAAGAAGGUAUCUCAAACUAAGUCAGUAUGGAUGCCGUAUAUUUGUAGAUAUUCUUCAUUUUGGUGUCUGGUAGCGUCAAUUGUGUCACUGGGUAUCCGACACACCAUAUCGAGUUUUAACAGCUGUGGCCACCAGAAAACAAAUGCUGUUGCUGUCAAACCAACAUUCAGUGAUUUUCAGUGUUAAGUCAGAGAGACCAGUUGUCUGGAAACGUGCUUCAUUCAUCUAAUGGACUCCUGUCAGCAGCUCACACACAAAGCGACAACACCAGACGCGACUGACGUGUCGACUGGAGUGUUUUUAAAAUGGCUCAGUGUGCAUUUAUUCUCACUCACGCUGUCGUUUCAGAGGCCACAGCUAUUAAAACUUUUUAAAAAGAAAA